GUCUUUGCCCUCGUUUCGACAUCGUCAUUCACGGCGAAAUAAUUGCCCGCGAUGCCCGACAAUUGAGUCGUUCGUGCGCCGAAAUUCGUGCAACGAAUCGAGCAAGCCGUUAAUCUCACCCUGAGACGGAAUUAGAAUUGUGCCAGCGUAUCGUUGCGUGAAAUAUGUGAAGAUUUAGCGCCGCGUUGCCUUCUUCGUAACAGUAAUCCGUACAUCAAUUAGUUGCUCGAUUAUUUUGUUUAAAAACAGUUGCAUGUCGAACCCGGAGUUUCGUCAGUCGUCAUCGGGUUCUGCCCGAACGAAAGUGUACUCGCCCACGCGUUUGGUGUUCCGUUGUAGCCUCGACCGAGUAAAUAGACGUGUUAUUCUUUGCGACAAAAUGUAUAAAUACGACGCAACAUAUUAAUAGUCGCACAUCGACACGAUUUUAUCGAAGCGCAAGCGGAGGAUUUGGAGUACAAAAUUGGAUCCACCCACCGGACGGCACCCGCAACACUCCUUUGCAAUUGCACGAAGAAGCGAAAUAGUAAACUUACAAUUACACGCACAUAAUGCGACGCGAGGCAGUCCGAGGCGUGGCGUCAUCGAACACAAUUAGCUCAUCAUCGACGUAUCAAAGACUUUUUUUCGUAGCAGCGAAAGUAGUGGAACCACCCACUCGCACGAUCGCGAUAAUGCGCCGUACGAAGGAAUAAAUAACCGCGUACGUGACCGAGGGGGUAAAUACGAUUAUACACGCGAAGGCGUGCGAGGCGUUAAUGACCAGCGUCAUCGAACCCGAACGCCUCGACAUAUCAAGAGAAAGGAGUGAAUUGAUGAAAGUAAAUCCAUUUAAGCCCGCAUAGUCCGGUCACUCUGCGCAAUUUCCUGAAGGACCAUCUCCAAAUACGAUCUACUAAUUAAGCCAUUAGUAGUCAUAGUCCAACGUAAUUGAACCUUAUUACGAAAACAUGAUGUAUUUGUAGUAACGCGAUAUUGUCUCGUAAUUCACGUGAAGGAAAGAAACGACUAUCGAUCACAUGCAUAACUUAGAUGCGAGCGGUACGAAAGAAUUCGAUUGGCCUAUCAUUACCGAGGCAUCAUAAAAAAAUUGUACAAAUCGCGCAGAAACCUUGGCGAAGUGCGCAGGUGUCUCCUUGACUAAUAAUACACGACACCAGCUGAUUGCAAGCCUCAAAGUCGACCUAAUCAGAGACGAUCGACUCGUCAUCGUCGAUUACACUUCUGGCGAACGGCGGCGGUUUAUUAUGGCUAUUACAGGAUACCCCCGGGAAAUACCGAAGGAACUUUAUCUGAUCGCUAAUUAUCGCGUGAUCAUUACAGAUUAUCCCGAUGUGUUAUUACGUGAAUUAACGCGCGAGCGUUAUCCGCCUAUUCUUUAAGCUCAUCGGCAACGUUAAAUAUCGCAUUUUGCAUGAACAACGAAGAGACCAAUUCAACAGUCUGCGCUGUCAAUUGCACGCGACGACGACGACGACGACGUCUACUAUUGACCUAUCGUUACGCGUCGCUAUGACAUCCCGAGCGAACUCUCUUUAUCGUCGAUACGGCUUUCUCAUAAAUCGCACAAUCCGUAGACCAGUAAAUAUCCUGCGAUCUCUUGGAGAACCACACGAUUCACCACGGUCAAUAUCGGCGCGAUUCAAUGUUGUGCUAUGGAAUGUCAUCGCGGAGCAACGUUUCAACGUGACCGUCAGCGACCAUCGCCGUGACGUGUUUACAUGACUAUCAACGCGAUCGUACCUGAACGAGCACAUCGAUAUCUUUCUCAAGUGUACCAAUCAUCACCACUGUCGAUCAUCAUAUCCGUAUAACGUUAACAACGAGAUUCAAUUAAGAACACGACCAGCUGAGCAGAUUUAUAAUUUCUUCCAUUGAGCUAUAUAUGUUAUUUAUAAAGACAGGAAGCAUAUACGAACGGUCCUCCAGGCCUUGCUUUUGUAGUCUAAGUUUGGACGGAUGCCGCCAGCAUAUAAAUCAAACAUCGAGUACGAUAUAGGGAUAGAUUGAGGAUAAAUUCGAGUCAAUUCGCUUUGUGCGCUCGUCAGCAUUGUAGCGAGAAUUGAUGCCGAAGAGAUUUGAUUAUACGUCUUAAAACGUCCGCCGACAAAUUAACUGAUAAGAUUCGCCCGACCAGCUUGAGGGGCCAUCGGAUUCUCAGGUUUCACGGGGAAGAAACGGAGCAACGAAAGAAGGGAACAAAGAGGGGACCAAUAUUUAGCAGCAGCAGCAGCAGCAGCAAUAAUUGACGAAGGGACCACGAAAUUUAAUUAAAUAAGGCGUUCGUCAUGAUGGAUUGGGGAAUACGACGUUCUAUUAUGUUUCACGUGAGGAGGAGGCCCGCAGAUUACAUGCCGCGGAAACGUAAAAAGAAACCAGCCGGAAAGUGGAACGAGUUGGAUCAUAGAUACGAGGACGAGAGGCUACCAUUCCUGCUGGAGCUUAAUCCCGACGGCAGCGAUAUCCCGAACGGCGCCGGAGUGCGACACCGGUUACAGCCGAAUGUCACGGAGGUCGGGUCGGAGAGACCGAUAGGACCGCAAGCGGUGCAAGCGCAGACGCUGACGCUGCCGGGACCGACGGUGAUGCCCAGGCAUUGCGUUAUAGCCUUUACCGAGAACAUUGUGACUCUCACGCCGUGUUCCAGAGACGCGCACACGUACGUUAACAAUCAGAGGAUACAUCAGACGACCAUUCUGCAGAAUGGAGCUAUCAUCAAAUUCGGCAGAAUGCACACAUUUCGAUUCAUCGACCCGGCGCCGGAAGAUCGCAUUAGGCAGAGACAUGAUUCCAACAAACAGAUCGACUACGCUUAUGACCGACGCUCGCCGGACGCGACCAGUCAGGACGUCAGCUCGGAGAAGUUUCACCCGGGGUCUGGUACACCGAACGGCGGUGGCCAGAUCCCGGGUCAGACCCAAGAGCGGACGGCCCCGUCGAGCCCCUCGAAGUCCGCUGUCGCAGCAGUUCGUAGUCCACGUAGUCCCACGCACCCGCCGGAGCCCACGCACAAUUACGAGACCACAUUCGACUUGGAUGGAAACGUGGAAACCGCUAGUCUGAGCAGCAGCAGGGAUGGCAACAGACUCUCACAAUACGAUCGACAACCGCGAGGCACGGAUCCGAUUCUACCAGCUGUCUUGGAGUUUCUCGAGGAGACAGAGGAGACGUUCCUUCACGCUGUCAUCACCGAUGUAGAGCCCUCGGCGCCACAGUUCAAGCUGGCGCCAACCUAUACCCUUUAUCUCAGCGCCAGAUAUCGCGCGAGCACGCAUUACAGACCAGAAUUGCAGCCCACGGAAAGAGCGCAUCGACUUACCGUCAUGUUGGCGAAUGUCGCUACCAUGAUCCAACGCGUUAUCCAGGAACGUUACAUGGAUGCUUCGUCGUUGGCCUUCUGGUUGGCGAACGGCUCGGAGCUGCUACACAUGUUGAAGAGCGACCGGCACGUGGGCGCAUUUUCCACGCGGGCGCAAGACAUCCUGGCGGACGCGGUGCACACGGCCUUCGGUUCGUUGGUGCGCUGCGUCACGUUAGAGCUCACACCGGCGAUGACGCAGUUCAUGGCGGACGCAGAUGAGCCGGCGAAGGAGGCCGGGGUGCUGCAGAUCUUCUCGAACACGAUGGCCCUACUGCGACGAUGUCGAGUGAAUGCCGCGUUGACGAUACAGCUGUUCAGUCAUCUGUUUCACGCGAUCAACGCCACGGCCUUCAACACCCUCGUCUCGAACGGAAAUCUGUGCGUCAGAUGGUUCGGACGUAGACUCAAAGCGAGGCUGAACGCGUUGGAGACCUGGGCCGAGAGGCAGGGCUUGGAACUUGCCAGCCAGUGCCAUUUGGCGACCAUCAUGCAGGCGACUCAUUUACUGCAGGCUCCCAAGUACAAUGCUGAAGAGCUGGCCACGCUAAGCUCGACCUGUUUUAAAUUGAAUUCUCUGCAGGUGAGGGCGUUACUGCAAAAAUACCAACCGGCCGCGGAUGAGCCCAGAUUACCUGCCGAACUGAUCGAGAACGUGGUGAGAGUAGCAGAGAGCGUCGCGGAUACACUCGCGCGUGCAGACGGCCGCGAAAUAAGACUGGAAGAGGAACCCAUUCUAGGAUUGGCAUUACUACUUCCCGAGGAUGGUUACAGUUGCGAAGUAAUAAGAGGUGUUCCACCCGGACUAGCGGAAUUUCUGGCACCCCUGCAACGAGACGGAUUAUGUCGAAUGGCAGCCCAACCCACCAGUAGCGGCUAUUGGACCAUUUACAUGAUAGAUCACCACAACAAUUUGCGCAGUCCUAGCGCAAUGAGUAACAGGUCGGGUGGCUAUAUCGGUCACAUUAAUCAAAACCAAGCUCAACCUGAGAUACAUGUUAUUAAAUUGCACAAGAGUACCAACGGCAUGGGCUUAAGUAUUGUUGCAGCAAAGGGCGCGGGGCAAGAUCGAUUGGGUAUUUACAUCAAGAGUGUUGUUGCUGGUGGUGCUGCCGAUGCUGAUGGUAGAUUGACGGCAGGCGAUCAACUACUCAAGGUAGACGGACAAAGUCUGGUCGGAAUUACGCAGGAAAAAGCUGCCGAGUAUCUGGUGCGUACCGGUCCGAUUGUGACAUUGGAAGUUGCGAAGCAAGGCGCUAUAUAUCACGGACUCGCAACGUUACUAUCUCAACCAUCUCCUGUGAUGACAAGAGCAUAUAAGACUCGGCCAAGGUCCGAGCUCUUAGAGGCAACGGAGACGACCAAUCAGCAACAGCCGGCCACGUCACACUCGAUGGGCGACUUGUUGUCCCUCCCGAAGCAGGCACCGCCGCAGGAUUUAGUUCAACCAGGUGCGAUUCCGUCUCAAUGCGUUCUCGAGACAUCCUUUUAUCGUAAUCAGAUCGACCGAGGUUUCCCACGAAUCGACGUCGACGAGUAUCGUUCCGCGCGGCAGGAUCCGUUCUCCAUCUUCCGUCAGAGAGGCGCGAAUCCCGCUGUCUAUCCCGUCGACGACAGAGAACACAUCUAUCGUCCUUCCACCCCCACCGUGUCUCCCGUGCGUCUGUCGAGGCCUCGUAUGCCCUGUCCCCUGAUCUCCAUCACGAGCGACAAUGAGAUAUCGUCCAUCAUAUAUCAGGACGAGAGCGACGAGAGUGACGAUAGGAUCGUAGAGGAGGACGAGGGUAACGCGGAACUAGGUGGAGCCGCGACGAGUAAUUCGAAUUAUUUGACGGACGGUUUGAAUCCGUUGGAGAGGAUCACCACUCCGCCGCGGGAGUACGCGGGAACUACGAGAGACUACAAACACUCGCUGCUGCCGCAGCCGCAGGCUUUCGAGAAAAAUCUUUUCGAUAACAUACCCUACAUCGAUCAAAUCGACGAUAUCAAUUUCACAGAGUCAUCCUCUGAGUGUGUUCGGGCAAAACCGAGUAACAGAUGCGAGCACUGUAUUAAAGCCGGUUGUGACAACCUUAAGGAUCGUAGCGAUCCUCAGAAGCGCGUGAAUGUAGAUCGCAGUAGGCAACAGACUCUAAACGUUCCAGAAUCCAGUUUCGAGUUGAAUACGCGUAACAAUCCGAACUUUUUAUCGGCUAGCUCGUUCCCCGCGAAUAAAUCAGUACUGUUCGUGAAAGACGCCGAGCCAGGUUCCGCCGCGGAAUCCAAGUCGGAUGACAUUUUGCGCCUUCAAGAUGCGGAUACCGCGAAACGUACGUUGAACGUCGAUGAACGAUAUGAGGACAAGUUAGAGGAUGCUUCCAAUUCCGAGGAUUGCGCGGACGAGUCCAGUUCCACAGUUAACGACGACUGCGCGUCGUCGGGUAGAGCCGACAGGGAUGCCGAGGAAGGAAUCUCGACCCCUAAGAUGUACACGAUAAUGCCGGAGCUGCAUCUCGAUCUGAGCGGACUGAACAGCGACGUGUCCAGCGACGAGUCCAAAACGGAGAAGUGCUGGAAGUCGCCGGAGGAAGUGCGCCUGGGGUGCGGCAGAGUCGCGGCGCUGGCGAAACACUUCUCGAAACUCGGCGACGCCGGUCUGAUCAAGUUCAAGUCCACCAAGUUGAACGGCUCCCGUCAGUUCGUGUCGGAGCCGAACAUCAUGACGCCGGACAAGGGCGACGAGCAUUUGCACCGACCUUGUCACGCGCAGAAGGAGUACAAAUCGGAUUCGGACUUGGUGAGGGAGGGAGACGAAAGUCGGAUCUGUUCGGCUGGCAGACGCAACAACGUUAUUCUAGUCGACGUCGAAGCGGAUGGUGACUUUGCGAUCGAGGAAUGUAGGUUUCAUCAUUGCGGCGCUCGACGAGUCACCAUCGCCAGGAUUCCAGUGAACGAACAAGCUGCGAUUGAUGCUGACGAAAGUUCAGUCCUGGCAAAGGGCGAAAAUUACGAUGAGGAUAUUAUCAAGGAUAAAAAUCAAAGUUUAUCCGAGAAAAACAUAUCUUCGACAAAAGUUGAAAACAUAUCGAGUAAUAAUAAAAAAGAUCAGAUGUUUCUUGGCAUCAAAAAGGACGCAACUGAUGGCAGCAAAUCUAAAGCCUUCUUUCCAACGGGAAGCCGAAAAAAUGUGCCAGCUGGAAAAGUUAAUAUCGAAGAUAGCAGCUCCAAACUCUCGCUCGAACAGCAGCAACUAAUUGCAGAACAACUCGAGCAGUUCUCAGAUCUAGAUAACGCCGAUGCGCCUUUAUUCAUACCGGAGCAAGACGUGCAAAUUCCCACAAAAAAUGAGAAUGACGAAACGUUCACGGCUGGCGAUUCGAUUCAAUCGAAUUUGACGAAUCAACUGGAGGCAGCGCCUCGAGAAAAAUUACUGUCGAUCGAUAUGGACGAUGGCUAUCAAAAAAUGAAGAAAACUUCCGACUCUUUGUCGUCCUCCCUGCCUUCCGUUCGCUCCCCUUCGCCUCAUUCUUCCAUCGUGCUGUCGCUGUCGAAAGUUGCCAAAAGUUCUCUGUCCUCGGAAGACAUCAGAUCGCAGGUUCGUCAGUAUUGCGAGAGGCAUCCCAAAUGCCUGUUCAUAGACAUUUCUCAUUCCACCACUAAGAAUCGCUCCAACGACACCCUCUCGGAGAACUCCUUGGUGCCGCAUGCAAACGCGUAUUCGGGUGAUAAAAUGAACGUUCUGCGAAUGCGAAUUGCCAGACCUCUCUGUAACAGCGAAGGCGAUCUGAUUGGUGCUGCAAUUUAUGGGAAAGAAGGGACCGAGAGAGCCAUGGAUCUUCACGACAAGUCCGCUAAGUUGACACGAAGCUACGAGAGUACUUUGAACAGCAAUUUUUUAUCCGAUUCUGACGGUCGAGCGACGCGGUCCUCUGAAAAUCUUCGCGAACGUACAUCUCGCAAGUCUUGCAAUAAAUUCUUCUCGAAUCUCAAGGGAAGUGUGCGAUGGCACCGUCCUCGGUCCCUUGAAGAGCUGAAAUCGAAGAAAGGAUCGAGGAAUAAGCGAGACAAUUCGAUGAAUUUAGUUCGCCCCGCCGAAACCCGAACAAAAUUUGACAAAUUCUUUCGCGAUAAGUUGGACUCCCAGGAUGGCGAGGACAGGCGAUGGAACCGUCAUCUGUCGCUCGAAGAUUUGGAAUCAAAGAGAGAAUCGCGCGAGCAAGACAAGUGGGCGAAUUUAGGGCGAACUGCUGAGGUACAGAGAUCCGACUGGAUGCCGAAAAAGAGACUUCGCACGAAGCGCGCGAGCUACGAUCGGCUGAAAGAUAGCUCUCUCAAAUUGGCGCGUGAAAACGAGGCAAAAGACAUGGAGCGACAGUUGAGAGUAGAAGGGAAAUCUCAGAGCGAGUCUGACGUUUCGCGACGGAAGUCCGACUCGGAGGAGUACGGUUGGAGCUUCCGCGAAAUCGGCUCGCUGAAAGAUGAUGACCGAUCCGCCUUGCGUCCUCGUCGCAUGAGCGAGCGGGAUUUGCCGUCGCGGCUUGGACACGACGCCACUCCUCAGCAAAUCCACAGCAGCAAAUCUGUGCCGGCAUUGCAUAAUAUGGGCACCGAGGCUAAGCAACAGCAUGAGGUGUUCAAUCCCGGAUACAGCAGAGCUUCUUCCAGUAACAGCGUUACUCCGCCUGUUCAACCACCCCCCAUGGCGACGAUCAACAGCGCAACUGCUUUGCGUUCCAGGUCAAGCCACAACUUACACGAUCCCAUGAGAAUCGGAACUUUGCCGCCCACUGGCUUGGUCAGUAGGCAGCAAUCUUCACCCAAUUUAAAUCCAAAUACGACGCACAUAAAUGCACCGUCGAAUGCACAGGGCACAGAAGCAGAGCGGUUUUAUCAGAAUCUAAGUGUUUAUCGGAAUCAAGACCCGACGGCGAAGCAACAAAUCAGUCCACAACAGCCAGACGACAGAAAUCCUCAGCACAUUCAAAAGGGUUCCCUGAGGGGUUCGCAGAACUCGUUGAAUCGUCCGUCUAACAUGGAAAUCGGCCAUCUCCGAGAUCGUCCGACGUCCGCGUACGUCCCCCAGGGCCAGCAGCAGAGUUACUCGACCAUCAGCAGUCAGAUGCAGCAGCACGGCGGAGGACCGCCGCCGCGUUCCCAGUCCUCGCGCGACAUCAUCCGCCAGGAGGCGAAGAUGCAGGAGAUGCAGGAGGAGGUGCGCCGGCGAGAGUUGCGCGGUGGCGCGCCGCUGCUCAACCAGCACAGACCGCCGGCGAUGUACAACAUGGGCGCACGAGCGAUCCCGCCUGCAUCCCAACAAGUGCCGAACACCUUGAACGUGCGCUCGCCGAGGCCGCUCGGCUCCACGUCGAGCCUGGGCACGACCUCCGGCUACGCCGCGAGACAGAACGCGCCCGGUUACAAUUAUCCGGACGCCCAGUACGCUCAGUACAACAGCGCGCAGUACGGCCAGUACGGUCCGUACAAUCAGUACCCUAACCGAUACCCUCCGGCGGUCGGAGGUCCGUACGGCCCGAUGAUGCCCAAACCGAAGAGCGAGGCGAUCGCGCGCGGUCACCAGCCGAUGCCCAAUGAGACUCUGCUCGGCAGAGACCCGACGAGCGGCCAAGAGACGAAGUCGUACGCCGAACAGAACCGACAUUUCGCGGGCACGCAUAACAAUCCGCAUUAUCCGAACGGCAGUCUGGAGCAGCGACACGAUCAGUAUGGAAACGACAAUCGUGCGCAAAACGGAGAGGGUCACUCUAUGACGACGUCGGAAGCGCCGCCAACGAGGCCGGCUCUGCCGUCCGACACGUUCAGCGAGAGUCCACCGCCACCGCCGCCCAAUACUUCGACGCAUCCUCUGUACAAGCAAGCCGAUACGAGGUAUACCGCAAGCAUGCAGGAUCCACCACGAGGUAGUUAUUACCCUGCGGGAGGAAUCAGUGCCAUGCAGCAACCGCGUCAGUAUCAAUAUAGCGCGACGAAUCCUUGGCAACGCGAAGAAAGAGAGAAGGAACAAGCUCGUAGAAGAGAGGCCGCCCGACUGUGGCGAGAUCAGCAAAUUGCCGAGCUAAGCGCGCUGACGCAUCGAACGCAGCAGCAGGAGGAGCAGCUGCGAGCUCUCCAACUGGAAAGAGACUUCCAAAAGCGAGCGGAGGAGGUUGCCAAUCAGGACGAUGACGAGGAGAGCAACGAUUUGGACAACGAGAGUGUACAGCGCGUUCAGGGCUUGCUGAGGAUGGCGGCCAGUCAGGACAGAACUGUCCAAGGAGGUCUGCAGCCACCGAUUUUAUCGAGAACGAUCUCCGGCAACCAGUCGUUGAGGGGUGGUCUGCCUCUCCUCAGCAGCCAACCCGUCACCAGCAGCCACGCUCACAUUCUGUCCAAUCAAACGGCGCCGCAGAAUGUCGGGAUGAGCAGCCCUGGUCAAGAGAAUAGCGGCUUGCACGUGCAACCAAAUCAGCAGCAGCAGCAGCAGCAGCAACAAACAGCGGGUCAGAGCGAAGAGCACGUGUCGACGCCCAGUUACGGCACACCCCUCAGCCAUUUCAGUUCCGGUCAGAAGUCUUAUUCCAUGGGCAUGUCGCACUCCGUGGAAGAUAGGGAACUGCAACGGAGAAUGGACGAGGUGAAGCGGAAGCAGGCUGAAUACGAGGAGAAUCAGAAGAAGCAGGAGGAACAGCAGCUGCAGUCACAGCAGCAGACGUAUCAGUCGAGCCAGCAUCCGCGCAGCCAGCUGCAUCCCGGCAUGUUGCGCCUGGACAACUUGAUUAUUAACGGUCCCAGCGUAUCUAUGCCUUCGCAAAAUAACGUAAACGAUGCACCUCCGCCACCAGAACGAGGCUCCAGUUACGCCGUUAUGUCUCAGCAAAGUGCUCUCAGAUCAAACGGCUCGACCACAUCUAACCUACCUCCCACUUCUCAACAGCCAGCGUCUAUGAAGAGAGUCUCCUUUCAUGAUUCGAAUGCAAAUAGCGAGUCCGUGCUGCGCAAUGUAUCAUCUGGAACGUCAAACCCGCCGUCAAUCUCAAUGGAUACUAUUAGAGAGGAUCCCAACAAUUUUAUCAACGACGCGGAGAAUUUAUUAGCCUCUCCCAAGACACCGGAAGGAUCAACUUCGUUUACUGGCGCCACUCCCGGUGUAAUCGGAGCUCAAGAAGUUUAUAAGGAUCCGAGGCAAAAGCGACUGGCGGAGAAGCAGAAGCAGCAGCAGAACUCGCAGAUUGGCGCGGUGCCGGAGAAGCUCAGCUUUAAGGAGAAAAUGAAGAUGUUCGCGAUGGAGACCGGCGAGGACGGCACGCCGCGGGAUAAAGUGAAGAUUUCGCGCGCCCAGCGCGAGAUCGACAACAUCAGCAGCCCGCUUAAUUCCAACAGUAACAACAAUAACAACAAUAACAACAACAACACCACCACCACAACCAGCGGCAAUAACACCAAUAACAAUAGGUCCUAAACGUUGCAUUCUUAUUUUUUCAGGCUUUAGCAGUUAAGAUAGAUCAAAUAUUUUUCGAGAUAUCUAGGGCGCUUGGAGGAAAGUCACGAUUGCGAGUCGUAUAAUUGAAGGAGUACGAUAUACGCGAGAAGGUAAUCUUCCUAAAAUUUACAUGAUUUGGCCCGAAAUGCAGCAUUGUCGCGCUGCUAACGUAAUAAUACAUUUGUAGACAUAUACUGCAAUUUUUAUAAGAAUGACAAUUAUUUUGAAGGAGCUUAUCGUUAGCAAAAAGUAAAGAAAGUUUAUACAAACUUUUAUAUAAUUUUUUUUAAUCCGCUGUAGUAUAUUUAAGAUUACUGAAUAUCUCUGCCUUAUUUUUUUUUCCCGAACGUCCUAGAUACUUUGUCGUGCGUUUUCUGUCGGAUAAAGAGAUACACACACACACACACACAGAGAAAUAUGUAUACUGCGCAUAGUUGUAGUUCCGCAAGCGACAUACAUUUAUAAUUAAUUUUUACUACUAAUAAUAAUACCACACGAGGGGCUACUUUGCAUUCAGAAUGAAUCCGAUUAGCCGGCGGCGAUUCUCCACACAGCGUCGAAGGUAUGAAGUACAAACCGGAAUUUUGUAUAGCUCUUUGACCAAAAAUGUUGUGUGUUCUGCGAAGAGAAGGACCAAUAAUAACGUAACGUUACGGACGUGUUUUUGUUAGUCGCGACGAGAAGGGAAGCUGUCCGGCCGUUCUCGUGCGCGACGCGUCCAAUAUUCCUGAAUACUUCCGGACCAACAUAAUCUUACUAAUAUAUCCGAUAUAAUCUGUCGAGACUUAGUACGGCGUAGGGUAGAGCUCGCGAGUACUGAAAAAAAUAAGCUCCUAAGAGGCGCGGAUUGUUUCGCGAGGGUAUCUCGCGAGUGUACAUAUAGAUGAGACGGACAGUAGGCCGGGCAGCAUGAUUAUUGUACGCGUUUAGUUUUAUAUUUAUCUCUCGGCAGCGGAAGAUUCUGAUAUAUAUUUAAAUUGUAUCACUAUAUAUGAUUUACACACUUACGCCAUUAUGCACUUAACAAAGUACGACAAAGUAGCGAAGGUAGAUAGAAAAUAGUGCGAAAAAAAAAAAUAGAAAAAGAGAAGGGCAGAGCGUGAGCGGGAACGUAUGCGUGCGCGCGUGCAUGUGCGAAUAAAUGAGAAAAUGACGAAUGCGAGUAUAACGAAAGAUUUAUAUUUAUAUAUGGGCUGCGUUCGGGGUGGAGGGGGGAGAGACGAGUGCGCUAUUUAGCGACGUCGCGUCCUUGUUUCACAUCUAAUGAAAAUGAACGAUGAAAAUAGACUGACGCGAUAGCGCUGAUAGCGCGCUCCCCGAACGCGGCCGGCGAUGCGUUCCAGAAGUUAUAGACGGCACUAGUUUAGCUCUCGUGUUAAAGCUCUACUUAGCGUAGAGCACGAGCGAGGGCUCGAUUCCUCAUAGAACUCGAAUGGCAGCCCGGUACCAUUCUGUAGAAACUCAGACAAAAGCUCUUAGAAUACAAACGAAGGCUCUACUUUAUAUAGGGCGUAGAAUAAAACGCGAUACGGAUAAUGCAACCAUGAUGAAAGAUUCCUAUUUUGAAGGGUCUCCAUUUGUUCCAUUUGACAGCUUUUAAGGAAAUCGAAAAUCUUGCAUAUUGUCGAUGUUUUAUUGAUAUCAGAUGGUGAGAAACCAAAUUUAGUUCUUGCUAAUCUUCGAAGUAUGAAUUAAGAAUUGUUUUUUUUUUUGUUUAAUUAGUAGUACUUAGAAAGAAUUGUUUUUGUCUAUUAAGCCUGAUCUUAUAAAAGCCAUUUUUCCAUUUUGAUGCAGAGUGAGUCACUUAAAAUGUUUGCCGUAAUAUAUUCAUUAUUUAUAUAUAUAUUUUUUUAUACCAGUUUAUAGAGCUAAUUAGAGCUUUUUAUAUCGAUCGAUUGAUUGUUUGCUUUUUUACUUUGUAUUUGGGGAUUACAUAGAAAUAUAAAAUAAAUCAUGAAUGACUCGCAAGAUUCAUGUUGUAAUAAACAACAUGUUUAUUGCACACAUAAAAGUGUUAUUGCAACAUAAAUCUUAGUAUAUUACCGCAAAAAUUUCAAUAUUUAUUUUAUGUUGAAUAUGAAGAAUCACAGAGUACAUUGAGAAACAAAUUUGUUAUUAGUAAAAUAUUUUUUCAACGUAUUUUUAUUAUCGAGCGCUUUAUAUGUCAAUUAAUAUAGACUUCGCAGUUUCAUCAAUUACUUUAUAAAAUUACAAGAGAGAUCGAUUCUUUUAAGAACACGUAACUUUUUUGGGUCGCAAGGUGUUGGCACCGUGAUCAGCCGAGAAUCGACAUCUUGAAGUGCCUCACUCUGCACGUAAAAUCCUUCUGACCUGUUGAUCGUCUCAACGCUAAGUGAUAAUCAAAUUGUUAUCGUUGGACGCGACAUUUGCUCGAAAUGUUUCUUCGCGUAGUUCUAAAACUUCUUUAAGUUUUUUUUUCGCACCUCGAGUAUUCGCGGAUGGUGAAGCAGUAUUCCAAAAAAAAAGAGCUUAGUGAUCUAACGUGAAGAACAAAGUGUAGCAAUAUUAGGAUGUAAGGAACAACUUAUGUAGUAACUGUACAAAACGAUCGUGGAGAAUGUUCGUUAAUCGGUCUUGCGUGACGGAAACACACCGACACGAGUCGGCCCCUCCGACUGCGACGCUGGAGAAGUGUAUUUCACGUUCCACACUCAGUGCUUCGUUAUGUCUGUUAAAAAAAAAAAUUACGCAACAUUCCUCACCAGUCCAGUCUGCGUUCUGUGUUAAUUAAUACGGCAAAGUAAAAUUAUCGGUUGCUUUUGCUUUUUCGACAGUAUUCUCGGGAAUUAGCCGAGUAUGUAUCGAGUAUUAGCUGCGAAAAUAAUUCGUUUCCGACGAUUUUUCUUUUCGAAACUCACAAGUAUUAUAAAAGUUUAUCUUCCGGCACAGAAAUAGAGAAAGAGUGAGAGAGAGAGAGAGAGAGAGAGAGAAUGAGUGUGUGCACAGAAUGCAAUACUAACAUCGCGUAUAACUAACAAUAUAAUAUUAAUACAGAUCAAUACUAAUUAUCUUCGCUUCCAAGGGAAAAUCAUUCGCGUUUCUGUUCUCAUUGUACAUUCUCGAAUUCUGUCUGUCGUCGGCUCUGCUUGAGACAGGAUUACACAAUUGCGAUACGGAAUAUAUCUAUAUAUGGACGAUUUUGUUUGAGAAACAAUGACUAUAGUGCUCUUACAUUAAAUUCUUCGCGUAAAUAAAGCAUUUGACUUUCUUCAGCUUUGCGAUUAAUCUCCAGCGACUUCAGCAAUCCGUAUCCAUGUAGAGAAAGCCUUUAGAAAUGUCGUCUUUCGUCUUGUUUAUCUGUCCCUUUAUAUAUAUAUAUAUACUUUACAUAUUUACUUUUUUUCGUUCGUGUGCUUCGAGACCCGAUAUUCCGGCCUUGUAUCAUUCCUCCACUUGGGAACGAUAGUGAUAGUACUGAGCAGCUUGUUACGUCGCUGCCGUGCGACGAAUUUUGCUCGUGAUCACAACGAAUUUCCGCUUUCGAGCCGUACGCUGAUUGUACAAUUGUCGCGCGAGCGAGGUUCCAUCGUCCGUAGUCUUAACUUUUUUUUUUUUUUUUUAGUUUUUAAUCAGCCAUAUCGAGUCGACAUUAUUGAUAACGACUAAUUCUGCAAAGAGGAUCAUUCAAAACGUAUUCGCGUCGAGAUGAAGCCUAAACUCGAUGUUAAUCAAAUAUAUAAUAGAUGAGAGAAAACGAAAGGGAGGGAAAGAGAAAGAGAAAGAGAGAGAAAGAGGGGGACAGAAAAAGAAAGAGAUAAACAAUAAUUGAGGACUCCCUUAUUGUUGUGUAUAGCGAGCGUAUAUAUUUGCACUAUAUUUUGUAAAACUGUUUUCAUAAUCUCGUAAGGAGGAAUAAGAUGAGAAGAGAGCGACGAUAUCAGCCGGUUGACUAAUCAGUCGCCGAGAGCGACUCAACGCGUCACAGAGAUGUUAUUAAUAUUACUAUAUUUUACUUAUAGUACCGAUUGUAAUUUCGCAAAGUACAGUAUAUUUUUUAAUUAUUGUAUCAUGUAAUGUUAUUAGCGAAAUACGAUAUUUGACGGAAAAUAUAUGUCAGCUGUAUUCAA